GAAAGAGAAGAUAUUAUUAUUAUCAGCUUUGGUAGCCAUACAUCCAAAACCAAAACAACGAAAGAAAGAAAAAAAAAAAAAAUACCAGCAGCUCGAUAAUUUACUUUGUAUGAUGCGAAGUUUAGCUAUUGCAAUUUAGUGUUAUUCUUCUUCGUCGUCAUCGUCAAUUGUCAGCGAAUGCGAGUUGGUCGCAUCAUCAUCAUCAUCAUCAAUCCAUCAAUCUAAACAUCACCUACCAUCAUCAUCAUCAUAUUUGAAUUUGUAUUUAUAUUGGAUGCGUAUAUAAAUUAUGGCUCAAUUUCUUCAAGUUUUUCAAAUGCUCAUCAUCCAAUUGAUUUGAUAAGCACGAAAUAAUCGACAUCAAUGAAAAAAAAAAUUUUUUUUUUGUCGACUAAAUAAAAAAAAAAAAAUAAUAAUAAAAAGAAAAUUUGAGCUAUAUCUUCUUUUCUCUGUCAUCGUCAAUUUAUCUUGUAUAUUGAUUUUUUGAAACAUAUUUAAUUUUUCAUUCCAUCAUCAACAUUUUCUUAAUGGGCACAAUAUUCGGUCAAUCAAUUGAAACAAAAUCAUUGGCUAUAUUAAGCCAAUAUCGAUUCUUGAUGACUACAUUCAAUCUGGACACAAUUUGAACAAUACUCAUUCAGUAGAUAUAUUCCUAUUAUAUAUAUUAUUUUAAUUUUUAUAAAAAAGUGAAAUUUUUUUUGUCAAUUUAAAGUAAUUCUUUUGCAUAUCUUAUUUCAGUGUUUUGUGUGUAUAUGUGUGUUUUUAUGAACAACAACAUAUCAUUUGGCAAAAAUCAACAUUGAAUUUAUAUCGUGCAUUUUUUUUUCUGUGUAUACAUUUAAAAUCCUCGAAACAGAUCGAAUUUAAUCAAAUGUGGUACAAAGGAUCAAAAUGUUGACCCAUACGCAAGGACCAGCGUGUCGGUUUAUGUAUGCGUCAACAAACGCUACAUACAGUGGAAAUAAUAGUCAAUCACCAUAUAAUUAUUUUCCAAUAGACUUUAAUGCACCACAACCCCCAUCACUAAUGUUUCGUUCACCACAACAAGAUUUAUCUGAUACGACUGGAAAUUUUUUCUGCAACGGUCCUGUAGAUUAUUCCGGUCUUAACAAUUUAAAUUCAACUAUUAAUUCAUCAAUGGAAUCGAUUAAUGAACAUGAUGAUGCAAUGGUUUCAUCGCAAAGUUCACCAGAAUAUAUGGCCAACGCUACUAAUAAUAAUAGUGAUUACAAUAGCGGCCCUAUCUAUUAUAAUUUAUCAAAUGAAGAUAUAUGGAAUAAUCCAUCAUUAUCCACCGUUUCUGUCAACAAUAAUGAUGAUUGUAUGGAUAUUGUCGAUUCGGUUGGCAACAAUAAUAAUAAUAAUAAUAAUAAGAAAAAUGAUAUUUCUGGCUGUGAAAAAAUGGACAAUGCUCGAAUGAUUCAACAACAAAAGAUUAAAGAUGAAAUAAGAAAUAAUUAUAUCGAUUCAACAUGUGAUUCUAUCAAUAGCAAUGCUAACAAUAAUAACAAUAUGACAACGAAUACGAAUGGUUUAACUUCGACGGAUAACAACCAGAGCAACAACAUGGCCAAUAUGAAUGGUAAUGGAAAUGGUAAUAAUCAACCAACGACAAAUAAUGAAAAUAAUAAUAACAACAACAAUUCCGGCCAUCAACAUAUACAAAAUUCACAGAUAUGCGCCAUUUGUGGUGAUCGUGCUACCGGAAAACAUUAUGGAGCAUUCAGCUGUGAUGGCUGUAAGGGAUUUUUUCGACGUAGUGUUAGAAAAAAUCAUCUGUAUACAUGCCGUUUCAAUCGCAAUUGUGUCAUUGACAAAGAUAAACGUAACCAAUGUCGAUAUUGUCGCUUGAAAAAAUGUUUUCGUGCCGAUAUGCGUAAAGAGGCGGUUCAAAAUGAACGGGAUCGAAUUACGUGCCGUAGGCCUAGCUAUGAAGAUACCAAAACAACAUCGGGAACAUCAUUGGCUGUUUUGCUCAAAGCUGAAAUGUCAUCAAGGAAGAAUUGUUCUCCACCAACAGAUACAAAUUUUCAAUCGAAAAAAAUAGCCAACAUUGAAGAUAUUGGAAAUUCUAUGACACAACAAUUAUUGAUACUGGUUGAAUGGGCAAAAUGUAUACCGGCAUUCACUGAGCUAAACAUUGAUGAUCAGGUUGCCCUGUUGAAAGCUCAUGCUGGUGAACAUUUACUUUUGGGCCUUUCGAAACGAUCAUUAGUACUCAAAGAUGUUCUUCUACUCGGAAACGAUCAUAUCAUUCCUAGACUUACACCAGAUCAAGAGAUCACACGAAUAGGUUGUCGAAUAUUGGACGAAAUCGUUGCAGUUAUGAAAGAUGUAAAUAUCGAUGACAAUGAAUUUGCUUGCUUAAAAGCAAUUGUAUUUUUUGAUCCUGCUGUGAAAAAUUUAAAAGAUUCAGCUAGAGUAAAAAUUGUUCGUCAUCAAAUACAAAUCUGUCUGGAAGAUUAUGUGAACGAUCGCCAAUAUAAUUCAAGGGGACGUUUCGGUGAGCUUUUGUUGAUACUUCCAUCUUUGCAGAGUAUCACAUGGCAAUUGAUUGAACAGAUACAAUUCGCCAAGGCAUUAGGAAAACUAAGCAUCGAUCAUUUGAUCCAGGAGAUGCUUUUAAGCAGUUCGACUAAUCUAGCUCCGACAACACCGGCUGCAUCAAAUAUCAAUUCAGCUCAAAACAAUCUUCCUCCACCUCCUCCAACAGAUCCAUUACAAUGGCAAAGGAAUCAUCUAUGGCAGGGUGCUUAUCCUAGGCAAACAUUCCCUGAGCCAAAUAUGAGCAAUAUGGUUUCCAACAUGUCUCAAGUAGUGAAUGUUAUUAUGUCACAAGAACCAAGUGAAAAUAGACAACAAUCCAGUCUUGGACAGCAACAAGCUCCCCAAAUACAAUCACCAUUAUCAUCAAAUCAGCCAACAAUGGCUAAUGGAGCACAAAUGUUGGGACAAGUGGAAAACAUUAUGCAGCAAAUAAACAGGCAAGAACAAUCUGGUCUAAUUAAUACAGAUGAUCUACGAUCCGCACCACCGCCACCGGUGCAAACAUUCAAAAGUGAAAUAACCGAUACGGAAAUCAACCCAUUCUAAGAAUGAUGAAUCUGAUUUUUUUUUGUUUUGUAUAAAAUUGUGUAAAAAAUUUACAAAAUACUAAAUUAACUUAGAAUUAUUUUUACAGAUUAUGAAUUCUUUAUUUUAUUUUCGAAAUAAAUAAAAUAUAUCGGAAAUGGGCUGGGAUAGAAAAAGAAAAAAGCCAACAAUAAAGAUAUUAGAAAUUCGUUUUAUA